GUGUUCUUCCCCUCCCCUUCUCUGCUCACACCUUCUUCGUUGCUUCAUUCUCUCUUUCUCUUCUAAUUCUCCAUCUGGGUUGCUCUGAUUUUCUCGGAAAAUUGAGUUUUUCCGAGAAAGUUCACAUUUUUACUGCUAAAUCGCGAGUUUCCCAAUUGGUUGCCUCCAUCAAAAUUCCAAGGGUGCUGGGGUUGGUGUGUCUGUGAAGCUUUGGGUGUUUGCAGGACUGAGUCUGAUUUUUCUUCAAUGGAGAUGCAGGUUUCAAUUGUCUUACGUUCAGUCUUCUGGAGACUUUUCUCCUCAUUUGAUAGGAAAAAGAGAAUUUGAACUGACUUUAUUUCUUAAAAGGAACUGAAAUAUAUUCUAGUGAGCAUCAUUUUCUUUCAUUAUGAAAUUAUCCAUUUCUUUUUCUUUUAUUUCCAUUUCUUUAUUGGUGGGAAAUUAUCAAUUCAUCUCCUACGAUUGAAUGUAGGACCAAAUAGAAGGCACACGAUCAACCAUAUUUGGCACGGCUAGUAACUGCCUCUCAAAUGGGGGCAAACAAUCUGAAAAUGUUGCCCGUAUACCUUCUGUUGGAAACAGCCAUACUCCCAAGGUGAGGAAACCAUACACCAUUACUAAACAAAGGGAAAAGUGGACAGAGGAAGAGCAUCAAAAGUUCCUUGAAGCUUUGAAAUUAUAUGGUCGCGGCUGGCGUCAAAUUGAAGGUAUAAACUCUGCCCUGAUUUAUUAAUCUGAAGAAAAUGAUUUUUCAUUUGUCUUCAAGUCAGAUGAGGCCAUUUUCUCUUCCUGCAGAGCAUAUAGGUACCAAAACUGCAGUUCAGAUUCGAAGUCAUGCUCAAAAGUUUUUCUCUAAGGUUGUGAGAGAAUCUGAGGGCAGUGCUGAGAGUUCUAUACAGCCAAUUAACAUACCUCCUCCUCGGCCUAAGAGGAAACCCCUCCAUCCAUAUCCCCGUAAAUCAGUUGACUCUUUCAAAGGUCACACUGUACCAAAUGAAACAGAAAUAUUUCCAUCGACAAACAUGUUAGUUGCAGAGAAAGACACCCGGUCUCCAACCUCUGUGCUAUCUACAGUUGGUUCAGAAGCAUUUGGGUCUGCAUUUUCAGAGCAGACUACCAGAUGUCUUUCACCAAACUCUUGCACCACUGAUAUUCACUCAGUCAGCUUAUCACCUGUUGAAAAGGAAAAUGAUUGCAUGACAUCUGAACCAUCUGAGGAGGAAGAGAAAGGGCCGCUGGCUUCAGUUCCUUUAUCCACCAUUUCUAACCCAAACAUAUGCAUGAAGUCCGAGUUUAGUUCCAAGGAGUCUGAAUGUUGCAAAGAUGCUACUGCCAAUAUGCCACACAUCACUAGUAUUAAGCUUUUUGGAAGAACAGUCUCUAUGGUAGGUAAUCAGAAGCCACUGAACAUAGAUGAUGAGAAUGGUGAGCCAAUAAAGUCUGAUGAAGUAGAUGAUGUUGAGAAUGAAAAGCUUGGCCAAUCAGCUGAAUCCGAGCAAGUAGAAACAAAAUUAUCACUAGGUUCGUGUGGUGGUGACUGGCACAUAACAGCUGAUGCUGAUGGAGCUAAUUUGACCAACAUAGAGCCCCCAAAGGAGAAUCUAUGCCUGAGUGAAUGUGCACUUGAUGCGUCUUUUCCAAGGUGGAGUUUGUACCAAGGCCUUCCAGCUUUCUACCUCGGACCAUGCAAUCAGGUCCUAAAUCCCAUGUCUCUUCAGCCUUCUUUGAAAGCAAGAACAAGAGAGGAGAGUUCUUGCACUGGUUCUAAUACUGAAUCAGUUUGUGACAUGGAAAAUCAAGGCAAGAACUCAGAUGCUGUUGAUUUCGAGUGUCAUAAAUAUCAUGAGGGGGGAGGGGCACCCCAGAAGUGUGCGAGGGGUUUUGUACCAUACAAAAGAUGUUUAGCUAAAAGAGAUGGAAAUUCUUUAAUUGUUGCCAUGGAAGAAAGGGAGGGGCAAAGAGCUCGUGUAUGCUCAUAGCCUUCCUUCCAUUUUUAGAUGAUUCAUGCUGUUAAUCUGAAAAAGGAAAAACUGUGGUAAAUAAGGAACUGAUUUAGGUAGCUGUGAUCUAAUUGUCUAAUUGGCAAGCAUCUGAUUUCUAUUCUUUUUUCCAAUACCUCCACCUGAUUUUCUUCCUUCUUUCAUGUGAAAACACUUCCAUGUCCAAUAAUUCAAGCAGGGGCUAGUGGCACUGUUCUGGCUUGUAUCAUUUAAUAGUUACUACAACCAAAUAGAGACAUAUACCAUCAGUAUAUUGUUACUGUUUUAUUUCUACUUUUGGCAUGUCUUUUUAAUUGCAUGAUUGCAUCAGUGAUAGGGGUGUACCAAGGAAGUGUGGACAAGCGCAGUAUGUUCAUCAAAGAUUUGUUGUUGUCAUAACAAUUGUCUUUGAAAUGAAACUGACAUGACAAUUUAUUAAUUUCAAUGUCGUGUGCUGUAAUCACACUAGCAUUUUGUACAUCUGGAUUUUCUUUCUGUAUUAAUUUUUUUUUUUGAGUAUAAACAUUGUUUCUUCAUUAUCAGAUUUACUGUAUU